CGUUGAAGCACCGGACUUGGAGGAAAUUAUCUUGGUUCUCUUUGCUUGUCAUUUUUGACAGUAGCAUUGUUGUGUUUGUUUGUUAGCUGGCUGAUUCAAUUGGUGUCAAUUGGAGCCAUGAGUGCAACUGAAACGACUCUCACAGUGGAAUACGAGCUAUCGUCACGGCGGCAUUCCCAAAAUUACAAUGAAAUAACCAAACGAGACCAGGAGGUUGAAAGAGGGCUCUCACAAGGCGAACUAUCGCAGCUAUAUUCCCGAAAUCAGAGUGAAAUAUCUGAUCAUGUCGCUCAAGAGUUGAAGCCCGUUGAUCGCGGCCGAGAUGCCUGGUGUACGCUUCUCGGCGCAUUUGCUUUCGAUGCAUUAUUUUGGGGUAAAUUGCAUCGACCAUGAGAUUUUCGUAAACGGCCAUCUGAUCAUGAGACAAAUAGGCUUUCCUGGCUGUUUUGGUGUCUUUCAGAGAUACUAUUCCACUGUGCCCGAGUUCAAGGACGAUGCCGUCCGGAUUCCCGUCGUUGGAGUCUUAUCAACGGGCUUCUAUUACUUUGGAUCGCCCUUUUCAGCAAUGCUAGCGAGGAAGUUUCCCAAAUACCAGCGCCACCAGAUUUACCUUGGAUGGGUUUUGAGCAUAACAGGUCUCUUGACUGCCUCCUUCACAAAUUCCGUCAGCGGACUCAUCGCCACGCAAGGAGCUCUCUACGGCCUUGGAUUCGUGCUCAUCUCCAUGCCCAUCGUAAGCAUGGUAAACGAAUGGUGGGUGGCGCGAAAGGGCAUGGCAUUCGGUCUUAUAUCUGCAUCGUCGGGCGCGACGGGCGCUGUUCUGCCUUUUAUCCUUGAUGCUCUUCUCAGACGGUAUGGAUACAAGGUCACGCUGCGGGCUUGCGCAGUCGCCAUGACCAUUUUGACUGCUCCGUUGCUGCCGCUUUUCAAGGCUCGAUUGCCGGCUUCAGAUCAAGCCAAUCUGGCGAGAAUCAACUGGGACUUCUUGAAGCAGCCCCUCUUUUGGAUAUACGGCUCUGCGGUUCUUGUUCAGGGAAUUGGCUUCUUCUUUCCCGUUGUCUUCUUGCCAUCUUACGCCUCCAUCUUUGACAUUUCCUCCAUCAAGGGCGCCUUGCUGGUAUCUCUAAUGUCCAUUGCGCAGGUUCUCGGACAGUUUGCAUUUGGCUACCUCUCAGACAAAAACCUCCACGUAGGCUUGUUAAUGACGAUAUGCUGUGCAUUUGCGGCGACAGCAUCCUUCACAUUCUGGGGCCUGGCAAAGUCGCUGCCGCUUUUGGCUGUAUUCAGCUUCAUUUACGGCUUCUUUGCUUUUGGCUUCGGAACUAUGCGCGUGGCGAUGGGUCGCGCGGUCAGCGAUGAUCCAUCGACCGUGUUUGCUACUUAUGCGAUAUUUGUCUUUUUGAUGGGCGUGGGAAACAUCUUGGUUGGACCACUGAGUGCGGCGUUGAUGGCGCCGAGGGAGAUUGUUCAGGAGCAUUUUGCGGGCAACAAGUAUGAGCCCAUGGUCAUUUUAACGGGUGCAACGUCGUUCUUUGCUGCUCUUAUUGUUUUGGUGUGGCAUGGCUACAAAGGGCUGCUGAAGUGAGCUGGAUGAUGCCUGGACUGAAAUAUGACGGGGGUUAGAAAAGCAUAGAUUGAUGGCAUGAAACAUGAAUAGCGACAAUUGGAUUUAUACAGCGAUACCAAUAUAUAUCUUUGAGACGAGGCUAUUUUGACGUAGUUGUCAUCUGGUAACCAUCU